UAAUCCAUGAGGAAAGAUGAAUAUUAUUUACAUUAUUUAGUUAAAACCAAUCAAGAAAAGAAAAUAUGACAUGGAAAUGUUUUAUUAGUGUCUUAUAUAUAUAUAUAUAUAUUGAUUUAUGUAUUCCCUUUGGUUAUUUUUCUAUUAAAUAUAACGCUUAAAAUGUCAUAUAAUAUUCUGUGACACUGAAAAAAAGGAGCUGUGUAGUUCACAGGUCUGUAGCGGGACGUGACCUGUGGGAGGCGCUGUUCGACACUACGUUAGUUUGCGACCCAAAGAAGAAGAAGACGAUGAGUGAAAGAAGCAGAAACGUAGAAGAAGAGUCCAGCUGUUUUAUCCCUUUGUACACACAUCAGCAUCUUGUUGUCAUCGCUCGACGGGACCGAUUUUUACGAAGAAUAACUGAAGAAGUUGUUGAAGAAUAAAGAGAAACGUAUCUUCAUGUGUUUACAGCCGUAAUAACGAUGGCAGGUAGGGGCAGGCUGGUGCCCUGUGUGUGUCUGGGGCUGUUUGGAGUCCUGUGCUGGGUGUGGGUGUCCUUCGCCUCCUUCCCAGACGAGCACGUCCUCCUGGAGGAUCUGGAUGCAGUGGAGCGUGCAGCCUUUCAGCCCCAGAGUGCUCUGUCAGACAUGGAGUUUUCCUCCAUCAUCACUUCAUACAGAGGGCCCGGCAACGUUGAUCGCCGCAGCAACAAGGAGCUGCCCAUCAUCCUCUGGUGGACCGGGGGGCUGUUCCCGCAUUUCCCCGGUGACACCGAACGCAUCGACUGUGCCACGUCCUCCUGCCUGGUCACGAGUAACCGCAAGCUCUACAAGCGGACAGCAUCCAUCAUCUUCUACGGGACAGACUUCAGGGCCUAUGAGGCGCCGCUACCUCGUCUCCACCACCAGACCUGGGCACUGUUCCACGAAGAGUCACCCAUGAAUAACUACUUCCUCUCUCACGGACCGGGAAUCAGGCUGUUCAACUACACAGCCACGUUUAGCAGGGAGUCCGACUAUCCCCUGAGCCUGCAGUGGCUGCCCACUCUGGACUACUUGCUGCAGCCCACAGCCGUGUCCCUGCAGGAGAAGAACCGCCUGAGGAGGGAGGGCCUGUCUCCUGUGCUGUACAUGCAGUCUCACUGCGACGUACCAUCUGACAGAGACAGAUAUGUUAAGGAGCUCAUGAAGUACAUCCAGGUGGACUCUUACGGGAAAUGCUUGAACAACAUGCCUCUACCCGGACAUCUGGAGGACACGGGCACCGCCACUGGCGAGGAUCUCAGAUUCAUGAACUUUGUGGCGCGGUACAAGUUCCACCUGGCACUGGAGAACGGUCUGUGUCCAGAUUAUAUGACAGAGAAGCUGUGGCGGCCUCUGCAUCAGGGCUGUGUUCCCGUCUAUCGAGGCUCCUCCGUGGUGGCGGACUGGAUGCCCAACGACCACUCUGCCAUCAUCAUCGAUAACUUCCCCUCACCAAAAGCUCUGGCUGACUUCCUCAAACUACUUGACGAGAAUGAUGAUGAAUAUGCAAGAUAUUUGGAGUUUAAGAAGCCGAGCCGUGUAACAAACACUCGCUUGCUGGAGGCUCUGGAGACUCGCGAGUGGGGGGUUAAUGACAUGAGCAAACCGAACUACCUGAAUGGAUUUGAAUGUUUCGUGUGCGACCAGGAGAACACACGGCUGGCAGCCGAGCGGGGAUAUAGGAAAGCCCCCAAGAAGAACCAACCCCCUCAGCCUAAAAUGGCCGACAACUCUCACAUGGGAUGCCCCAUGCCCAGCCCCGGGUACGGAGACGUCCAAGACUUACCUGCAGAUGACGGAUGGUUGAAAACAUGGCCUCAGGAUUACUGGCAGAGUCUGGACCAAGCAGAGGGGCUGGAGUCUCUGAUAAGACACAACGAGUCGGACCCUUCGCUGCUGUGGAAGCACAUCCAAAACAUGGCUGUGAGCAGAGCCAGAGGAAAACACUGACACAGGCCUCGGUUACAGGCUGGAGAAGGGUCCGAUAUUCUGCAGCCCAUCUGUUUAAAUGAGGGACUGAAGCAGAAAUGACUCAUUUCUGCACCUGAGCCAGAACUCUUUUACUCUUAGGAGCCGUUUAGUAACAGAUUUAGAUACUGAAUUCAGCUGACGUGUUACUUUUAUCCUUUAUCCCAGGUUCAAUCAUGAGAAAUGAUGUUUCACAGUGCUAUAUGCCAAUAUUUUCAAGUAGGUUAAUGACUCUAACUGCGUUGCCAUCGUUGCCCUUACUCUGCUCUGUGUUGUUAACGCUAACUGCAUGCAGUGCAGCUGUUCUCGAGAUGCACAUUCUCAUGGGACGCACAUUUUUAUUGGAUUGGGGCCGAGCCAAAGACUCGUCCUCUGUACUGAGGGAGUUCUGCCCGACUGUGUGUGAAGACCAUCAAGACGGCAGCCAGUGAACUAUAUUAGCUUCUUCACUGUUACCCAGCAGGUAGCUGAUGGUUAUUAGCUGAAGUCAUAUUCAUGUUCACAGCUAUUUCACGUGACUAUGCAAGGAGAAUAUUGUUUCACCGAGGAAUUGGAGGCAAAUGUAAAGUUAAGCACAGCUCCCAGUGGGAAGUCGCCACUGCGCUUGUGAGGGAGUUCUCAGGAACAGCUCAGCUAAUGAAUUUCUGUGGUAGAUACUUUAUUCUCUCACUAACUGUAUUCAGUUACAUGAUGCUAAAAUCAUCUCUAUGUGCAAUCAUUUUUUAAAAAACAUACUUUUCUAAAACAUGUAACUGCUUGAGACUCCAGGACAGUCUUGUGUGUCUCUUUGGACACUAACUUUGUAUGACAUAUUUUUUACCAUGCUCAUAUAAAUCACUUUAUUUUGUUAACAAAGCAUCAUAUAUGUGAACACACUGUUUUGUAUCAAGAAGAACAAAGGAAGUAAACAUGUAACAAAGUCAUCAUCUUGCAUAUAACUACUCAAAAAGCUAAAUCAUAAUAUUGCACCCCACUUGCCUGUUCACAGUUAUAUAUAGCACAGCAUGUUGUACAGGCAUAUCCUUCAUAGUCUACUGAGGAAGAUACAGCUUUCACCACCAAGGAAGAAACAAACAAACACAAGCUUGUAUAACAUGUUUGAGAAAUUAGAAAUUUAACCUAAUGGAAGCUAAAGAAAUCAUAUUGUUCACUAUGACAGUCUCUUUGAUCACCCUAAACCACAGCAAGGUUCAAACUGAACACAGUCCAACAUUUUCGCUAAAGCACAGUUCUCACUUUAUAUGCAAAUGAACAUGAAGGGAAGGGGGACGAGGAUAAGAGGACGCUGAAGAGCUCAGACAAUCAGUCUAAAGCUUUGGAGUAGCAGCCCUCGCAGUGGACUUUCCCUCCGUGUAGGAACAUGCUGAAGAGAAGGUCGCCCAUAUCCUUAUUACACACACCACACUGAAAAAUAAUGGUGAGAAUGGCAUUAGAAAAUGUAAUUAAAAGAAACCACAGUGCAGAGCAAUGUUUUUAAUCCUAGAAAUUCAGUCCCUCUUUUUUUUUCGUUCCAUAAUAGACAGAAAACUUUUUUAGCGCUAGUGACUGAUUAAACCAAUUGUUACAUGGACUGGUAAUACA